CACAUUUUUCUUUCUUCAGAGACUUCUUGUUUGUUUUUGUUUAAUUUGCAAUUAUACUAUAUUCAUCCUUUGAUUCUUUAUUAUAUCCAUUCCCACAAUUUUGGGCGUCUACGGAAAGGAACAUCCAGAAUUGUUUUGCCGUUUAAAAUCAAUUUAUUUUGCCCGUCCUGAUUAUUUUCGGUGAAUUUGAAAAAAAUAUGGGUUCGCAGGAGGAAGAACAGUUACGGCGGGUUUCGCCAUUAUCAUCUGAUCAGUCAUCAAUCGUGGGUUAGUCAUAUGCUUUGAGGGAUGUGAAAAAAGAACCCGAUUUGAUCUUUUAUUUUUCUUUUUAUUGUAUUGCUGCAUAUGGGUUGUUUGUGGAAUUUAUGUCGGAGGUGUUUAAUUUGCAGCAUUUUGUUCUACCAUCUUUGUUCUAAUGCGUAGUUUUCUUAUUUGUUGAGAUUUUCUGGUUCUUUUCGAUAGGCACUGUCAUAUACUUGUAAAUGCAUCUUUGGAACUUUGACUGAAUUGAUUGUUUGAUGAUUUCGAACCAGAAGUAUUGAUUUGCCAGGAUAUGGAAUGCAGAAAAUGAGAUAGCCAGUAAUUCUCAUACUUCUGUUUACGAUUAUGAAUUUAUUUAAUUGUAAUUGGGCAAAUAUUAUAAUUGAUAAAGUAUUGAGCGGAUAGUGAUGUAGGAUUAAACAUACUUUAAGGGCAAUUUGUACUUCAGUUAGUGCUUAGAAGCUAUUGGAUUCUUUUUAAGGAAACAGAGUCAUUUUGUCUCCAAAUGAUGAUGCCCUUUUUGAAAGCUUGAACUGGAUGAAUUGGAUAACUUAUUGCCCCGUAUCAGAUGUUAGAAUUGGAUGAAUUACGUCCCCUUUCUGGUAAAGGAGAGAGCCCUGAAGUCCUGAGUACAAUCCUCCUUCAUCAAUGAUCUUGUGCCAGAAUAUGCUUUCUGCUUCACCUUUGAGUUACAUCUACAUGCUUUGGGGAAAGAUUGCAUUUCUAGAACAAAUAAAAUUCCUGAGAGCAGUUUGAGCAAUAUAUAUUAUAUGUUAGGAUUUUGCCCGUGCAUAUGUUCUAUCAUUAACUUAAAAGUUCCGUGCUUAAAUAUUAUGAGCUUGACAAAUUACAUGGACAUGUAAAACAUACCCAAUUUGUUUUUGAACUGUUGACUAGGAUGGUUAAGGUUAUAGACAACUACGCUUUUGAUUCUCCUGGAAUUUAUUCCUUAAUGUAACAUUACAUGUAGUCAUCUUGCUGAAAAAGAUUGCCAUCAUGCCUAAAUUGUGAGAUUUUCUGUUAAGUUUCUGUUUUGUUACAUACAUUGUUCUUGUUGAAUGUUGAUUCAGUUUAUUUCUGAACCAAAGGAUGCUUGAAAGUUUUUCCUAUCCACGCCCUCUUUUAAUCGAUUCUUUGAUUUUCGGGAAGAUGUUCAAUGAACUUUUGCAUUUUAGUAUCUAGCCCUUCUUUGUUAUCGUCAUUACCAAGAACAGAAGUGUCACGAGUCCAGAUGUCAAUAUCUAAUCAAAAUGCUUUAUGAUCUCUUUAGAACUUCGUGAAAAGUACCACAAGGAGCUAGAAAACCUGACGUUGACGAUGCAGCCCCGGAAGACAAUAAAGUUUUUUAUCCUAGCUGUUCUUCAAAGCAUUCAGCAACCGCUUGUUUACAUCGUGGCAAACCGAAUUUGGUUUGCACUCACAGUCUUUCUUGCUCUGGGCAUUGGGGUAUACAUCAGAAGAGUUUUCCAGCCAGAUGAAAAGCUUGUUUUGGAACUUUAUAAUUAUCUUCAAUUCGGAACCUGGUGGUUGGCUCUUGGUGUAGCAUCGUCAAUUGGUCUUGGUUCUGGUUUGCACACCUUUGUUUUAUACUUGGGUCCUCAUCUCGCCUUGUUUACAAUGAAAUCUGUACAAUGUGGCCGAGUUGACAUAAAACGCGCACUAUACGAUACUAUUCAGUUCAGCAGGGGGCCUUCAUGGCUAGAUAGGGAUUGUUCCACGUAUGGACCACCAGUGUACUCUUCAGCUGGUUCCCGGGUUCCUUUAAGUAGCAUUUUGCCUCAGGUUCAACUAGAAGCUAUUUUGUGGGGAAUUGGAACUGCACUAGGAGAGCUUCCUCCAUAUUUCAUUUCUAGAGCAGCUUACAUUUCUGGUAGAAAGCUUGAAGUCAUGGAAGAUGUGAGUAUGUCUGCGGAAGAAGAUAGUGGAAUCAUUGCCACUCAUCUAAAUCAGAUGAAGAAAUGGCUUAUUUCGCACUCACAGCAUCUGAACUUCCUUACGAUUUUGGUUCUUGCUUCGGUUCCAAAUCCUCUGUUUGACCUUGCUGGUAUCAUGUGUGGACAACUUGGCAUCCCCUUCUGGAAGUUUUUCAUUGCCACUGUUAUUGGGAAGGCCAUAAUUAAGACACACAUACAGACAUGUUUUAUAAUCUCAGUUUGUAACAAUCAACUUCUGGAUUUGAUCGAGAAUAAAUUACUAUGGGCCCUGAGUCUUGUCCCUGGAGUCUCGUCUAUCCUGCCCGGCAUCAUCACCAAGAUACAUUUUGUCAGAGAGAAUUAUAUGGCACCCUCUUCUCUAUCGGCUUCGAAUGUCAAGGGGAGGAAGUGGAAUAUUUCCCUAGCGUCAUUCUGGAACACAGUUGUUCUCCUCAUUCUUUUGAAUUUCUUGGUCAAGAUCAUAAAUGGAACUGCCCAGGGUCAUUUGAAGCAACAGCAUGACAAAGAAUUGGCUCAGUUAGAAAGCACCUCAGAAUCAGAUAGUUGAAAAUCCUGAGGCAGAGCAUGGAUUCACAUUUUGCUGUAGUAAUCUCUUGCAGCAUUGUGAUUAAGCUCAAUAUUGAACUUGAAUAUCAUUCAAAUUCGUCAAUGCACAGAAUAGCUGCAUACCGUGCAUCAUUGAUUUGAGGCUCAAAAUUUGUUAUCAUCUGCCUCUUCCUUGUAUAUUGAAAACAAUGAUGUUUAUGAUUGAUUCUAAAUGUAUAUAUAUCAUUCUAUACUCACAAUACGUUUGCCGUAUCCUUUGUCCAUUUCUCUAUAUUUCAUUCUCAUAUCAUAAUCAAUACCACUGACAAAAUUAUGUUUACCGUGUUACACAAUAUAAGGA